AUGUUCGAACAGUUCAAAAAAUUAUCCUCAGCUAUAAGCUUUAAAGACCUUAUUGAUACAACCGGACUUCAGGUUGUUCGUAGCGAAUGGGAAAAUAUACGUACAAAAUCAGCCGAGAUUCUUACCCCAGCAUUGAGUCCGCGAAUAGGCGCGUUAUCACCAAGGCUACCUACGAUCGGUAGUUCAAGCAAAUCACGUGCCAUAACAAGACUAGAUAUACCGGCAACUACUGAACUUGCAAUAAGAUACGAGAAUGAGUUAAAUGUAAUAAAAACUGCGAAUGAAAAUAAUUUUCGUAACUCUGCUUUAAUUGAUGAACUUGUGCAGCAAAUGUUGAAAAAAUGUGAGAAUCAUUAUCAAACAUGCGAGCUAGUCAAAUCAGAAACGAGCCAAUUACCUAAGGUAAAAGAGGUGAUUGAUGAAAUGACUUAUUCUGCAAUUUCACUAAAAGGAAAACUGACCGAAUUGGAGAAAAUGAUAGAUGAUUAUGCAAAAAUGAAUGAAGAGAAAUCUUUUGAAGAUUGGAAAAAAUCCGAACUUCUUGCACUUAAUAAACAUUUUGAGGAAAAAAAUGCGGAAUUAGACGAAAAGAAAAUUAUGUAUCAACAACAUUACGAGGAAUUUAAAGAUAAUCAUACAAGUGAAAAAGUGCAAUCAUAUCAGGCUGAUUUUGAAAUACAAAUGGAAAAUUAUAGGAAGCGGAUAAUAACUACUACUGUAUUAUGUAAUGAACAUUCGACAAAUAUAUCAGAUGAAGAUUUGAUAGCCAGUUUAGAACAAGUUGAAUUGGAAACUGAAGAUGAUCGAGAGGCGUUAGAAAACUUUCUUGGCGCUGAAGAUAAUAUUGAACAAUAA